UAACCUCCUAAUUAAACAAUAUUAAGCACUCUCUCUGCUCUCUAGCUACUUUGUUUUUGUGUUUUUGUGUUUUUUUUUUUCGGGCACCAAAUAUGGAGAAAACAGUGAGUGAAGCAUUUGGCUGCCAAGCCAUUUCAGUUGUUCUCUUACUCCUUAUCAUUCUUAACUUGCUCCUUAUCCUACACUUGCUCUCCAGUUUCUGGUAUGUUCUAGUGCCCUUGUUUAUAUGCGUCCUUUGUGAUGUGUUGCAAAUUAUUGUUUGUUCGGAGAGCAGCAAGUGCAAGACCAUCCAAAAAAGAAGUUGCAUUGCCAAGAAACAAGAAGUUAAUUGCCUUCAUGAAAAUGAAAAUGAUGUAGAUGACAAGAAACAGCUGUGUACUGGAGAACUUGGACAGAUGAUGGAGAAACUAGGAACAUUAUUUGAUGCAGAUGGUGGUGAAGUAGUUGAGGGGAGACUUGAGUCAAAGGAGAUAGCUGACUUGUUUGAGGAGGAACCAAGCCUGGAGGAAGUAAAAGAAGCUUUUCAUGUGUUUGAUGAGAAUAAGGACGGGUUCAUUGAUGCAGGGGAGAUAAACGAGGUUCUCUGUGCAUUGGGUUUUGUUGGAGCUUCAGAAGUGGAAUGCAAAAGAAUGAUCAAAGCCUUUGAUCGUAACGGAGAUGGACGAAUAGAUUUCAAUGAAUUUGUUCAACUCAUGGAGAAGAGCUUCUGCUGAGCACAGCAUAAAAUCCUCAAUUAUAUUACCACCCUUUCAUUAGUAUUAGAUAGUGAUCUCGAAUCAACAUUUCGGAAAAAAUGGCUUAGGCCGCUGAUGCCUUUCUUUCUU